CCGCUUGUGAUAGUUGACUCGCCCGGAGCUCCUGGGCUGGUUCCCUCCGAGGCCCCUAAGGGGCGCCGUCACCCCGAAGCCCGCCGCCCCCGCGCAGGGAUGCAUUGUGCCAUGGUCACGGUCGCCGUCACAGGCGCCCUGAACCCCGCCCGCGGCCCGUCGGCGCUUCUCCUCUCUCCUUCACCCGCACCUGCCCGCAAGCUCCCCGGGGCCGCAGGUGCGGUCGUCGGCCGAAUUCCACGCCCCGCGGAGGCCCAUCGUCUCUGGGGAGGAGAAGGGGAGGCGAGGUCACUUGCCGCUUCCAGACUGAUGUCCCAGAGCGGUGCCUUUUUAGUCAAGAAGCAUGGAGGUAAUGCAUGGCAGGUCCUGCUGUUGCGGGGAGCUUGAAGGGGAUGACCUCCUAUCAGACACCUUUUGCUCUAACGAAGUACACACUCCACUGCAAACACCUGCUCGCCCAACUGCCUCAGAGGACAGGUAUCAGGAGUUAAGGGAGUCACUCCAACAAUGCAGGCUUCCCUGGGGUGCCGAUAGGGAAUAUGGUGGGAUAAUACCAAUUUCACUCCCAGAGGAACACAGGCCAAAAUGUGAACCUCCUCGUGUCAUGGGUAAAGGACACCAACAUUAUGGAUUUGGUGGAGAAACCUGGCAAAGAAAGCUUCCUAUUGAACAAUUCUAUUAUUUGACGCAGAACAAAAAAAGUAACGUCUAUGGAAAUGAUUCCUUGAUUCCCAAACCACCUAAUGCUAUGGUAGAAGAAAUCUGCUGCCCGUAUCCAGUUGAACACCCCUACAACACCCACAUCUCUCGCUGUGCCAUGUUCCCGACCUUCACAUCACCCAAGGAGCUCUACACUGGCAUUAAAGCCCGCAGCCAACAGCCAUUUCCCCCAACUGUGCCAACGAAGGCUUACGAUACAAUGAUUUUGAAGACAAGAGGUAAUCCGUAUAGAUACGAACUGGUUGAUUUUCCCUCAGAUUCAAAGAAGAAAGCCUUGACUUGGCCUGGUCAGGGUGUAUAUUAUGAUUUUCCCAAAUGUGUUGAGAAAAAUAAGCCAGUGUUCUACCCAAAACCUCCUAAAACCUUCGCUCCUAACACUUCAUUAAAUUCGUGGGAUCCUAUCAACUCUCUAAAAGAAGCCAACAUACAAAGAAAUCUUGAGAGGUCCCACUGGAUCACUUCGUACACUCAUGAUUUUACAGGUCUGGGGCCCAUGAAUCCCCUUGAACUGGAUGAUUACCAUGAAAAGGAGGUAGCCGACUUCACUGGACAGAUAGGAUUUGACCCAGAGCCUCAAGAAAAAUUCCACCCUGUCUUAAAACCCGUCAGACCCUUGGAAGGGCGAAUUGCCAGACUGAUUCAUGACCAACGUCCUCUGGAGCCUACUGUCCAGGAAAAACCACCUUCCUGUCCAGAUUGUACUCCUACAGUUUUGUGUGCUUUUCACACCUUUAUACCCAGUUCUGAAGAAAUGAGGGCACUUAAUGAUAACACACGGGCCGGUGUGACCCGUAAAAACCAGGAUAUUGAAGAGAAGAUUAAGGAAGAACAAAGCUUGCUAUCCACCUAUGCACUUCCACCUUGUUACCCAACCAAAGAUCUGACUGACAUUUAUGACAUGAAACCAUUUCCAAAAAUCACAGAUACUAAAAAGACAGAAGAUUUGUACUGGAGACAGCUAGCAUUAAAACCCCAACCUAUACCUUACCCUAAAGCAAACAAUUACAUUCACUAUGAACAUUUUAAAUCUGAUCAGUAUACAAUGUGUCAAGAUCCUACUAGCCCUAAUAAGCCUAGUAUUUUACAAAAUAAACAAGGCACAGAAACCUUCACUUUAGAACAGUUUUUUGGUAAGCCAGAAGAACAUCAGUUGGUCUUAAACAUGGAAAACAACGAAGAAACAAAACCUAUUCUGGGUUGGAUUCCUAGAAGUGGAGUGGCCAAACCUCAAACCAACCUGCUGGACCUUAAGAACUCUUUUUCAAAAUCUGGUGUACGAAAACGUUUCCAUAAAUCAAUUCUAGAUGACCAUAGAGACCUCAGGGAUAAGGAGCAUUCAGGGAUGAAACACCAAUUCUAUGGCCAUAAUUCCUAUUAUUUCUACAAUUGAGAUUUUCAUGCAUCCCUUCAAUACCCAUCCUCUUGCAAGAAAAGAAAAAAAUGUAACAGAAUUUCCUUCUUGUUGCUGACUCUGUUUUCAGGAUAAGCCAUAAUGCCCUGGUUAAUGAAGUUGAUGUUUUCAGGAAUUUAAGUUAAGACCUGGUCAGAGGAACCGAGAAAAGGUGAUGUUCUGACUUCUUGAAAAGUUUGAUAAUUUGGCAAUAAAAUAUUAGAACUAUAAAAUGUAUAGUUUUUAAUUUCAUUUUCAAAUUAUACUCCAAGUUUUCCAGAAUCAUGAAAUGCAAUGUGUACAACAAAGCCUACAUCAUCGUUUUACAAAAAUGAAAAUUUGAAAAAAGUCAAAUACCCAAUAAUUAUCAGAUGUAUAUACAAACUAUAGUACCUUAGUAAAAUAUGUGAACACUAUCCCUUUGUAAAGGUAAGUGUUUGCACAAAAUAACAUUAGGUGGAAAAGACAAACUCACAUGCCCAGUUAACUGAAUGAUGGGCGACUAUACAAACUAAUUAUAAAAUAAAUAUGUGUACCAUGUCCACUUAUAUAAAUGAGUUGACAAAAUCACAGUAAGUGGAAAAGAAGAAACCCAAAAUGCUCUGUGUGCACACAUUACAACUGCAACAAGGUGAAUAUGUUUCCUUCCCUUUAACCUGAUGAAGAGUAACAAUCAUUUCUUUAAUACAGAUAAAAUGAUUUUACUGUGAAGAUCUAGCAAUGGCUUUAAUUAGUUACUGGUGAGUUCUAAUUGUUGCAGGAAAGGAUGGUUUAAUAUCAGUUAUUCUAAAGCCAAAUUCAUCACUUUUGAAAGGUGUCCACCAAGAGUUUAGCAAACCCCCAAAAGCAAGUCAACUCAUUUACUGAGCCAAGAGGUACAUUUCCCACAGAGUUUAUCAUGGAAAGUUCAUGAGGAAUUCUACGAGUAUCUCUUUGAAAUUUGUUUUUCUUGUUUUAUGACCAACAUGUCAUUUGAUUUCUUUAAAACCGUUCUUGGCUAAAGUUACUGAGUUUUUCCCAAACUGCAUUCUAUGCAGCACUAGUUCCAAGAGAUUUAUGUAUUAUGGGAGGCAAAAAGUUGUUGUUGUCAGGUGCCGUCAACAUUCAACCAUUUCAGGAGGUAGCAUAUGAUCAGGAACCGAUGGUACUGCAGGAAGAAGUCCAAGCUGCGCUGAAGGGACUGGCAAAAAGCAAGGCUCUACGAAUUGAUGGAAUAUCAAUUGAGAUGUUUCAACAAAUGGAUGCAGCACUGGAAGUGCUCACUCCUCUGUGCCAAGAAAUUUGGAAGACAGCUACCUGACCAACCGACUGGAAAAGAUCCAUAUUUGUGCCUAUUCCUAAGCAAGGUGAUCCAACUGAAUGCAGAAAUUAUCGAACAAUACCAUUAAUAUCACACUGAAGUAAAAGUUUGCUGAAGAUCAUUCAAAAGUGGCUGCAGCAGUUUAUCGACAGGGAACUACCAGAAAUUCAGGCCGGAUUCAGAAGAGGAUGUGGAUCGAGAGAUAUGUCAGAUAGAUCUUGGCUAAGGGCAGAGACUACCAGAAAGAUGUUUACCUGUGUUUUAUUGACUUUGCAAAGGCAUUCGACUAUGUGGGUCAUAGGCUACCUCCUGAAAUGGUUGAAUAUCAACCAAUUAUUUUUGGGUAUAGUGACUCUGUGUAUUCAUCUUCUUUUAAUGCUUCCUGUGUUGUUUAACAUUUUCCCCAUAGAAUCCUUCAAUGUUGCAACUCAAGGCUUGAAUUUUUUCUUCAGUUCUUUCAGCUUGAGAAAUGCCGAGUGUUCUCUUCCCUUGUGGUUUUCUACCUCCAGAUCUUUGCAUCUGUCACUAUAUACGUUAUGUUCUUGAGCCACUGAGCUGCCCUUUGAAAUACUGGUGGCAUAGCUUCCAGCAUUACAGUAACGUGCAAGCCCACACAGUACAACAAACUGACAAAUGCAUCGGGGGGGUAAAAAGUUACAUAACCAAAACCUAACCUGUUGCCGUAGAGUCAGUUCCAACAGUAAGAUAAUAUUGGGGAAAACUGGAGCCAACAAAGUCAAUCAUAUGACUUGAUCACAGGAUUCUCCAUAGCCUUUAACAUGUAAUGUGCACUGGAAAUGUCUCAGGUGACAGGGAUAUAGUAUACAUAUUUCUCGAACUAUUUUGACUCUUUUAUCAUACAGCAUAUUAUUGGACUAGAAUUCCAAAGAACAGACUGGAAGAUGCAGUUCUGCAGUAUAGGAAUUUGGGGUUUUAAUUGCACAUUUUCCCCUGGGUUGUGAGGAUGAAGAAUUGUAUUCAGAUUAUGGGUGUUCACUGUGCCCACCUUCAUGCAGAGGUAACCCAGCUUUCUCUUCAGACAUCUUGGUCAUCAUCCUCAACUUUCCUAAGAGGAUGUCAUCCCUAUUCCUAACUUUGCUGAUUGUUAAGGUGAAUGGAUCUUGCCUACUUGGUGACAGAGAAUGCGUACACUACAAGUACUUGUCCAAGACAUGAAUUCUGUGUCAUUCAAUGCUCAUCCAGAGCUCAAUUUUGAAAAGUAUUUAUGGAGUAUUCCAGGUUAAGAUAGAAGGAAUUGUUUUGGCUUAUGGUGAUGGAAAAAUCACACUAAAGGUGGGGCUGCACAGCUGAUUACUGUAACUGCUGUCAAUAAGUUGUACACCUGUGAAAAGUUGAAUUGGCAAAAGUUGAGUGAUAGAUAUGCUUACAACAACAAAGAGUAGCUGCUGAGGCUGCUUACAUACAACCAAACACCUCAUGGAAUUUGGUUCCUUGGUUUGGAGAUUGAGGGUCAUGGUUUUGGGGACAUUCCAAUGAGUUAGCCUAAUAAUGUAUUUAGCGCUUCUGUUCUACCUCCUAGUUCACUGUGUAGUGCCUGGGGUCUAAAAAGCUUGCAAGCAGCCAUCCAAGGCACAACAAUUGGUCUAUUUACCUGGGGCAACAGAGGAAGAGGAGAGUCAGGAAUAGGAGGAGGGUAUGGAAUGUGUAGCUAAUUGCCUCCGUGAACAACGGCCUCCUUUGCCAUGAGACCAGAACUAGAUGGUAUCUGGCUACUAUUACUGAACACUUUGAUCAAAAAUUCUAUAGAAGAAUCUGGAUCAAAAAGGGGAAUUUUAUCUCAAAAAUAAUAAAUUGCAAAAAAAAAGAAACAUCCUUCCCUGAGUACUUUGCCUGAAAAAAAGACAAUAUUUUAUUGAUUCAUAAAGGCUUCCCAGCCUCAAACAGAGGUAUUCAUAAACGUCUUAACAAAUUAACCUAAUUAAGAUUUCUUAUUAAGCGCACUGCAAUGUUAUGUAGUAAUAAAAUUAUACUUGCAUUAUGACAAAAUGGGUGUGUUUAACAGUAAAUGCUAUCUAAUUAACAAUAUGUAAAUGACUAUAAAAACUCUAGAAGCAAUCUAGGAAGUACAAUUCUCUUACAGCAUGUUUAAUCCAACACCUUCAUAUCCGUUAAAUUGAUGUCACAGUAAAUCACACAAAUGAAAGUUGCAAAAUCUAGCUUACAUUGAAUCGAUGCUUGUCAGGUGGGUGGUGCUGGAGCAAUUGUACAUCCAUAAGACUUCUCUUGGACUUCUGUUGCUACCCACACACAAAAACUCUCAUACAAAAAAACUCCUAACCUAGAACUCAGUUCAGCACGAUCGAAGGAUACAAAAUAACCAUACAACAGUCAGCUGUCCACACCAAUCUUCCACAGCAUGGAAGAUGCCAAGAAGAGAACAAAAUGAGUAAUGAACUUUGUAUUUUUUUAUUUCCUUCCUUUAUUGAAAUUACUUUGAUGGCUUGGCAAAGACAGUAAGCAUAGGGGUUAUAAGUUCAGUCUUAGUUUAGAGCCAAACCUGGGUAGAACCCUGAUUUUAACAUUUACCUGGUAACUCAGGCAAGUUACUUCAGUUAUGUAAAAUGGAAAUUAUGAUAGUAUCUGCUUCAUAGCAUUGUUGUAAGGAUGAAAUGAGGGUAAGCAUGUAAAGCACUCAGUAAAAUAUCUAGAAUAAAGUAAGUGCUCAAUAAAUGUUUAGCUAUUCAUAUACAGUAUAUCUUCAAAAAGAGUUUAAAUAUUUUGCUAAGUAUGAUCCCUGUGGUGAAUAUUGUUAUUCCCUUUGGCCAUCCAGCCCUUGAAACACCUUCUAGUAUUUGAGGAAUUCCUCAGCUUAUGAAUUCAUGUCUGCCAUAUAUAAAGGCCAGAAACCUCCUUUACAUCUAGGUCACAGAGCUAUCAGACAUGAAUUUGAAAACCGGGGGUUGCGAAGAACCUAUUGAGUAAAAUCCGUUAUGGCAAUGUUUCAUUCUGUUGCACAUAAGGUCACCAUGAGUCAGAAUAGACAACAGCAAUAGGUUUGAGUUUUUGGAGUUUAGUUGGGGAUGUAAAAAUCCUAUCAACAAAAAAAGAUCUCAUCAUCAAUACUGAAUGAAAGUAAACACAUUUCUUACUGAAUAGGCACAACAGAGUACUUGCACGUAGGUCGUCUGCAAGAGACUAUGAAGUGAGAACAAAAUCUCACAAAAUGUAUAUAUAUAAAAAAAAAAAAGCCCAUUGCCAUUGAUUCCGACUCAUAGUGACCCUAUAGGACAGAGUAGAACUGCCCAAUAGCCUUUUCAAGGAGCGCCUCAUGGAUUUGAACUGCUGACCUUUUGGUUAGCAGCUAUAGCUCUUAACCACUAUACCACUAGGGUUUCCAAAAUUUAUACAGCUAAGCUAAAUUAUAAUUCUAUACCAUAUAUUUUUAGCUAUCAUAUAACGUGAUAUUAAAACUGAUAGUACCCUAUUUCCCACUGACAACACAAUUAUCAUUUGUCGUUUGGAUCUAUGGUAUCCUGUUUUCCACAGGAAGAUUUGAUAGCCCAGUUAGUGAACAGAUCCCUCUUGGUUGAAUCUGUUUUUUCACAUUCCUUCACCCUAAAUCUCAUUUGGAAACUAGGAAAGCCAUUUGUUUUUAAUCGUGAUUUAAGUGAAAGUUUACAAAUCAAGUCAGUCUCUCAUACAAAAACUUAUACACAUCUUGCUAUGUAACCGUAGCUGCUCUGCCCCUAAUGUGACAGCACACUACUCUCCACCCUGUAUUCCCUGUGUCCAUUCAUCCAGCUCCUGUCCCCCUCUGCCUUCUCAUCUCAUCUCCAGACAGGAGCUGCCCAUGUAGUCUCGUGUCUACUUGAGCCAAGAUGCUCACUCCUCACCACUAUCAUUUUCUGUCUUAUACUCCAGUCCAAUCCCUUGUCUGAAGAGUUGGGGAAGCCAUUUUUUAAAUUAACUGUCAUCAUCUAAAAGGGUAAUAAAACUUAUCUCCCUGAGAAACAAAUGGCUACACCUAUGUUAAG